AUGGGCUGCACAGUCUCCACUGCAAUCAAUACCCUGGACGUGAAACAGAAGAAUGCAAAGAAAGCGGCCAAAAAUGAAACUAUAAAAGAAAAGGAAAAUGGAGAAAAGGACAAGUUCGAUCCAAGGCUACCUCUAACAGUUCGACAGAAGUUUAACAUCACCAAAUCGUGGAAAGCUAUUGCCAGAAACAUGGAAGUGACGGGGAUCAACAUGUUCGUCAGGUUAUUUGAAACCAAUGACAUGGUGAGAACCUUGUUUAAACAUCUGGAAGGAUUUAAAAAUGUCACGGAUUUGAGAGAAAGCACGGCUCUGGAGAAUCACGUGAAGAUGGUCAUGUACACGCUGGACGAGGCUAUUGCCUCUCUUGACGACGUGGAUUUCGUCGUGGACAUGCUCACUUCUGUUGGCAAAUCCCAUCAACGGCUGGAGGGAUUCGAUCCUGAAAUAUUCUGGGAAAUACAGCAGCCCUUUCUGAUGGCGGUGAAAGAGACCUUGGAGGACCGGUAUACCGCUAACAUGGAGCACAUAUACCGCAAGGUUAUAGAGUUCAUUCUACAAACCUUGAUUGACGGGUUCCGUGGUGAGACAACACCAGUUUCAGAGGACAAGACAAAGCCACCGCCGGACAACAGUAUCUGCCAACCGGAAUGAUCACGGGGGCCGGGACAUGCACUAAAUAUCAGUUCUUCGAAUCAUACUGCUAUCAGAGAGCAGCAGCGUUAACCACGGCUUCCUGACAUAUCUCAGCUAUUUCAGAGGGUUAGGCGGAUCUAGCCAAGUUGUACAAUGCGACCAAUAAUUGCCUUAUCCUAUAAUGGUGAGAUCUGCGUUUCCGACAGACAGGAAGUGCUGAAGUCUUAUCAAAAGGUCUUAAUGUUUAUUGCUUCCUCGGUCUAGUUUUAGCACAAUAGUGCUGCAAUGUCUGGCGAUUGAAUACAUUUUCAGAUGUAAACAAAGGAAUGUUGACAGCUUACUACUGUCUGAUUGUGUAUACAAAACAACCUUUGCUUCCUAACCAACAGUUAAACAAUUUUAACCGCGUAACAGCAGGUACUCCCAGAAUCAGUGGUGAAAGAUAUGAGGACAGUGAAAUGGACUUGCUUAGGUUAAAUGGGGGAUCCCAAGAAGCCUAAAGCCUAGGGAAGAAAGCUGAACUGUGAUAUGCGGAAUCACCCUUAAUACCAAAGAACCUUGUACCAUAAACCUUUCGAUUUUUAGUCAGAAUUCGAGGAACACUAUUCCCUUGUCAUUUUGUGCUGAAACAAAGUAGGUCCAAAACCAACAAUUUGUGCUGGCAACGGUAGUCUAGUUACAUAGUUGCAACAAUGUAAAUAUUUGUCCUUUUCAUAACUCGAAAUUGAGUAUGUAAAUGUUUUCUGCCUCUGUCAGUGUAUUCGAUGAAAUCUUGUCUAACAGGGAAUAAUAUGGAACGUCUUCUAUGGAAGGUCAGUCAAGCCAAUAUACCAGAUAUCGUACAUAAUGAAGUGUCUAUGACUUCGUAUCUGUGUGAACUAAAAAGGUACAGCUGUAGAGCCAAGUGCUAUCGGGCGUCGAUCAAAGGAUGGACAUGAUGUGAUGAUGUAUUUCUUAUAAUUAAAAGC